AUGCUUAAACACUCAUCUGUACAAAUAUGUAUAAGAAUACAAUCAAAUUGUAUUCGUCGUAUUCACGGUGGACUCGGAAUCAGUGCUCGAGAAUGCUGCAGCAACGAUACAUCGUUGUGCCUACAGGUUCGACGGAAUCUGCAUUUCACGUUGAUGAUUAUCAACACAUUUUGCGUUGUUGUCUGUAUCUGCCUGAUACCAUUUGCCGUAUGGAUGAGACUUAAACCGAAGGAACUUCGAAGUUGGGCACUUGUAGAGGUGAUACUUCUUGGAGCCGCCAUAUUGUACAGCGUGUUUGAUGAGAGAAGAACGAUUUAUUAUGACUUUCUGUUCGCAUUCUUUUGGUUUUUGUUAGAAAGUACUUAA